AGUCCCCUGCUUUCACUAUGUCUGUAAUCUAUUUUGCCAGUGGUGACAGCAAUGCGAAGGUCGAAUACCAGACAAUCUCCUCGACUGCCACCCAGAUUAGUCAGGAGCAAUCGGAGCGUCUGCACGAUCGCAUUUCCAAGGCACAGCUGGAGAAACUGCACGAUUGCUUUAAUGCGAGUCCAAAUCAAGUAGUUGGAAUUGCCGAUUUGCGACGAAUUCUCGAGGAUGUGGACAUUACUUUCAGUGAUUAUACCUACACGCGUCUAUUUCUCAAAAUAAAUCAGAACCGGGACUAUAUGGUCGAUUGGAAUGAGUUUGUUUCGUAUUUGAUAUUUGGCUUUCAGGAGGAAGAUCCCAGCAAUCAAAAGGAGGCACUUAUAAUGCCAAUCUCAACAGCUCCUGCAGUUCGUAAGACAGAGCACAGAUCCGCAGUCUGUUGUCUAGCGUUGCUCAAGGUUAAGUCGGAUCAGACGCCGCUCGAGGAAAUAACCGAGACGACAAACUAUUCAUUUGGCGGAGAGGAUUCACCGGAAAACUCCGGCAUGUGGGUGACCGCCAGUCAUGAGGGUCAGCUGCGUUUCUGGAGCGCACACAUGGAACCGCUGCGCAGUGCCGUCUCCGAGAGCAUUCAUCUGAAAGUGCCCACUUGGAUACUGGCGCUCCAAGCACUCUCCGAUGUGAGCAUCGUGUGUACCUCGUCGACGGAGAGGGAACUUCGCUUCCAUGAGACGAUUGCAUCGACGUUUACGCUACGCAUGGUCAUCCGGAGUUUGCCGUUUGCCGUAUACUGCAUGAGUUAUGCCUUCUACAACAAUGGGAAAGUGCACUCCAAGCUGGUGCUCGGCGACUAUGCCGGCAAUGUGCGAAUCCUGUCCUAUUCCCCAUAUCUGCGCGGACCAUUUCAGGCCAAGCCGGGCGCCGCCUUGAUCGAGUUGGUCUGGGCAGAUGUGCUGAGGGGUAGGAUACCGUUGUUGGUGCCGCGAGAGUAUAUCAAUCUGCACAAUGAGCUCAUCUCUUGUGUGUACUAUUCACUUCAUAUGAAUGCGUUGUUUGCCUCUGCGGAGUACAGGAACACCAAGAAGUAUCGAGGUCGCUGUCCGGGUCUGAUUAUGGUCAGCAACGAUGAUCGCAAUAAUUUCCGUAUUCCACUUGGUGUGACCGUGUUUUACGUGUCCGAGAUUAAGAACAUUCUGGUCACCGGCGGACCAGAUACUUUUGUCCGCAUCUGGGAUGUCUAUAUAUCAUCGGAACCAUCGGCUAUACUCACGGGUCACAAUGGCGGAAUUGUUGCCGUCUUUGUGCAGCCGGAGGAGAACAAGGUGUAUAGCGUGGAUUACCACAAGAUCAUCAAGGUAUGGGAUCUGGAGGAGCACACACUGCUCCAAACAUACGGAGAUCUGGUGCGCAUUAUUCAUCACAGCGAAACGGAUAUCAAAUAUUAUUAUCACUCCCAUCUCCGGGAGCUCAUGGUCGCCGGUCGCAAGCUCAUCUCCAUCAAAUGCUGUCCCCGAGUGCGAGUUGAUCUCACCGAUGGCAACACCCAUGCCGCUCCAGUCUCUGUGGUCCUCUAUAAUCGCCUUUUCCGUAAUAUCGUCACUUGUGGCUUGGAUAGCUAUAUUAUUGUGUGGGAUCCAUGGAGUGGAAGACGCAAGAUCAUCAUGAAGAAUUGCCACACCAAGAUGAUCUAUGGGGAGACUAUUGAUAUUGAGAUUACCGCCGCCUGCUUCGAUCCUCUCGAGCAGUUUCUGUUGACGGGGGCACGGGAUGGUUCUCUUAAAAUCUGGAACUACAACAAUGCGGUCGUGGUGCGUAAUAUGAGCAUAAUGCCGGACCAGGAGGUAACUGCUGUCAUCUGGGUUGUGGAUCGUAUUUUAGCCAUGGGUUGGGAUCGUCAGGUAACGGAGUUCAAUGAUGUAGAAGGUCGGGAAUAUGGUGAUCCUAAAAAAUGGUCCAAGUUCCAUACAGAUGAUAUUACCUGUGCUGAUGUUAAGCUGGGCGAGGGUGUUGUCACGGCAACCUAUUCGGGUGAGAUUAUCUUCUGGAAACUGGAAACGGGUCAACCGUAUCGUCGUUACAAUGUCAUGGAUCCCACUCGCUUCAUUGAGCUGAAACUCAGUCGGGAAGAGGAGAAACAAUCUCGUCGCAGCAAACGAAUGUCCUCGUUCCAAAUGGUGAGCAGAUUGUCACGCCUCACCUCAAUGAUUGCCAAACCGGAUGAAAUCAAGGAUUACGGCGCCAAUAUACCCGUAUCCGUUCAGGCGGUGCUCUUCCUACAAAAACGUCCCAUGACAAAGGAUCAUGGCAGCGUAUUUAUCUCUCUAGACACGGGCUUUAUUCAGGUGUAUUCCCAUCACCAACAUGGCGGCAUUCUCAGUCAGUUUUACGCCGUGCACAAGCUUGGAGAUUGUGUUCUUACCAUGUCCACGGAUCGCAAGAAUCGCUUUUUAUUUACUGGUACCGCUUUCGGUUAUGUCAAGGUCUGGCACAUUGUUAACUAUUGUAUUCCAAAAGCUGAGAGGACACAUGUGUGCAUGCCCAGACUGCGACUGGAGUUUAUCUUUCUAAGAAAGGAACUGUUUCUUCCGAGGGCUAAACGUAUUCUACGCAAUCAACCGGAACCGAUGCUGGUUAGUUCCUAUAAAGGACAUCUCAAGGCGAUCAAUUCAAUUGGUUUCAUCAAUCUGCCCAAGAUUAUAUUUACUGGAAGUCACGAUUAUUCGUGCCGGUUGUGGACACAAGGAGGACGCUAUUUGGGCACAUUGGGCACUGUCUUGCCCUGGUCGAAGCUAACUCCAUUUGAGCGAGCGGGAGAGGACAAUCGAGCCUAUCGCUUGCCACCAGAUAUUAAGAAGGUGGCCAGCUCCACAACUUUAAAGGUCAUCUCCGGCAUUCAAUACUCAGCCACGCUGAAGCAUGUCAAGGCCAACGAGGAGCGUGAGGAUGACCGUGAAGUGGAUGACACCACCACCAACGAUUUGAAGACCAUGUUCGAUAAACCACUGAAGGAGCCAAUUCUGGGCAAGCACUUCGCUUUGCCAGGUCGCAGUGCCAUCGAGCAACGUAUCGAAUUGGAUACGACACAGUUGUAUAUACCCGUCUACACACAUCUAAGGGUAUAUCCGUCCGAGAUGAUGGAGAAUCUGCCCACACCACCAAUUAUUGGCCAGGUGAAGGCUGAGAACUACUUGAAGCAUUAUAUGCCCGUUGAGGGUAAAGUCGAUCCCAAUGCAUCAGCGAUUAACAUCCGAGAACCGCAAUCUCAAGGGCGUUCUAGGGGUGGUGGCUCCACUCAGAUCAAACCAAGGAAAGCAUCGAAAGCCAAAAUUGGCAGCAAAUCGAGCAAAUCUGAGUCUUAAUCCAAGUCAUAAACAAUUUAUUUAUUUAUUUUCGUUUUGGUCAACAAGUCAAACUGCAGUUAGUCUAAGGAUGAAAUUAAAGUGAAUCCUCUAAGUCUGCA